ACCUCGAGCUGCCGGGGCGAUGGAUUGAACGGGCGCUGUAAGAUGCAACUUUUGUGCAUUUCGUACGGGUAGCAAUAAGGACGAUCUGUGUCCAUCGUGAGGCCUCCUCAGCUUUGUCUCCUGCUGGUUGUGUUACGGUAUAUCCAAGCGAGUGGUAACACCGGUAGCGUAGUAAGAUUUUUGUGCGCAAGCCAUGGCUUGAGACAUUGGCGCAGCUUCAGGAUGCCGCGGCAUUGCAACCCUUUUACCCUAAAACUCCAUGCAAUGGAGGGGGGCUCGGAGGAGUCAUCAGAGUUGGCGCAGCCCCUGCAGCUCGGCUUGGAUGGCGAUGGAGGCGAGGUGGAGGACUGUUUUGGUCCUGCAACAGAGGUGGCGUGGCAACCGAAUGCGGCGCUGUGCCGAAACUUUGACAAGGUACGUGGUGGUGCCCGAGGACUCUGCUUUGAUAUCCGGUGCAGUUGAAGCUCCUUUACAUCCAGUCCACGCAGCUCAAUUUACGACUGCAAGCGACAUGUGGAGUGCUGAGGAAAGAAAAGACGAGCGGAGGUUAACUCAACUUGAAGCAUCCAAGAGAGCUCUCGAGGGGAUCAACGAGCCGGGAGGAAUAUGUAAGCAUUGCGACGGUAGAGUGUCCGUUAUUUCCGGGCUGGAGCAAGCGGUGCAGCAGUUGAAGGACCGUUUACACACAUUCGAAGUGAAACACGACAACGUCUCGCAAAUGGGAAAGCAGGUGCAGGAAAUGGAAGAGACCAGCGAUGCGCUAGCCAGAGCUUGCCGUGAGGAGCAGAGGCAGAGGCAGAUGUGUAAAGCCUUGGAAAGCGAAGUAUGUGAUCUUCGGGCUCUGCUUCGUGCCGUGGAGCAAACCAGUGCUGAAGCGGAACUCAGGCACCUGAACACAGUCAGUGCCCUCAUAAAGGAGAAAGAGGGCCUACAUGAGGAGGUUGAAAACUUCCAGCACAAAUGUAAUGUGCUAGAUGCAAGCUUUGGCAAAGUGCAAGAGGAGCUUCUGGACGUGAGCACGAGGCUAGAGGAAUCACGAGCCAAGCUGGGAGAAGCCGUCUGUAAGAAUAACGACUCACAGGCCGAAGCAGCUAGCUACAGGUGGACUUUUCCUUGAUUUGUUCCAAUAUUUCAACGUUUUAGAGCAGAGUUGAACGAGAUGAACUCCAAAGAAAGCUAGAUUCGGCGAGAGGAGACAUGGCAGAACUUGCGAAGUUCAGAGAACUGGAUCAUGUAAAUACCGUGGAACAAGUGAAAGUACGUCUUGUGGCUCGGAGGUGC